CGAGAUGCCUUGCAAAUCCAAGAUGGCGCCGCCCUGUUGGAAAUUUGCGAUUUUCGGUGCAAUUUUAGUUGUUUUCUUCCCUGUUUCCAUAAUGGGGCAGAUUCAGGGGCUCUACUGUGGCGAGCAGAACUGCUACGACGUCCUAGGACUGACCCGAGAAGCCACGACGCGGGAAAUCGGCAAGGCGUACCGCCAACUUGCCCUGAAGUACCACCCGGAUCGAAACAAGGCGGCCGACGCCGAAGAAAAGUUUACACUGAUCGCCACCGCGUACGAGACCCUCCGAGAUGAAGAGAGCCGGACCGACUAUGACGACAUGCUGGACCACCCGGAGAAGUACUUCCAGCACUACUACAGAUACUACAGACGCCGGGUGGCGCCGAAAGUCGACGUCAGGAUCGUGAUCGUGGUGACGCUAACAGUCAUCUCCGUCAUACAGUACCUUGGCUGGUGGCAUCGCUACAACCAAGCCAUCUCCUACCUCGUGACUGUCCCUAAGUACCGCACGCGUGCCGUGGACAUCGCUAAGGAGCAGGGUCUCAUCAACAACAAGAAAAAGGGACGACGCUCCAAGGAAGAGAUCAAGCAAGAAGAAGAAGCUGCGAUAAGGAACGUGAUUGAGAACAUGAUGGAUAUCCGCGGGGGGUACAGCAAGCCGAGCGUGUACGACGUUCUGUGGGUAAAACUUGUCCUAAGUCCGUACCACGUGCUGCAGUACGUGUGCUGGUACGCGAGCUGGGUGUGGAGAUUCUCAGUGCGCCAGCAGCCCUACGGCAGAGAGGAGAAGCUGUACCUGAUGAGGAGAAACAUCGGCUACACCGCCACACAGUGGGACGCUGUCGAGGACUCCGUCAAGGAGACGUACCUACUAAAGGGACUCUGGGACAGAAAAGUCUUCUUGCAAUGGAGAAAAGAGCAGGAAGAGGAGAUGAAAGCGAAGCUGGCAGAAGAUCCGAAGUACAAGAGAUACCGACGGUGGAUGAGGCAGGGCGGGGCCAGCAGGAUGACGUUUGAGGACUAGUCUGGGGUGUUUGGGAAAUGACAGGAUAUCCUCAGUUGUUAGGAGUCUGUUGUACCCUAUACCAGGCUUC